UUUUCAAAUAGCCAUUUUUACUCUUGCAGAAAUCAAAAGGAAAGGUGCAUCCAAGAUUGAGUCCAAGAAGGGCAUCAUGAUUGGCAAGUACCGAUCAAGGGCUUCUUUAUCUAAGGCUAAAAAGUCCAUUAAUAACUCAAUAUUAUCAGGAGUUUACACUCAUAAAAGAGGGGAAUCGGAGAUCAAAUUAGAACUGCCGAAGAUAAAAAAAGCGAACCUCAAGCGGAAUAACAACAAAUCCUUCCGAGACCACGAAUAUCAUGGCAAUAAUGCUAGCUUGAAAUAGAAUAAAAGCAGAGAAUUUUAUAAACUCUCGUGUUAUGGUCAAAAAGCAGGUUUAAUGUCUUGGGACCUGUCAUCAUGACUAAAAGUCAUUGGGAACUUCCUUAUGAUAACACUGCAACAACUACUAAUUCUAUCCAACAGACUUUUAACACAAGUUUUACGAAUAAAACUAAAAUAAAAGACAGGAAAACUAGGCUUGAUCGUGAUUAUAGUCAGGCCUCUGAGGCUAGUACGCUGAAUCUUUUCUCAGGUGCAAACUUCUCGAAGAACAAGUAUUCUAACAUUUGUUCAACCAACAUCAGCCUGGAUUGAGGAAAAGAUAUCAGUAUUGGGAAGGUUAAUUUUAAGAAGAAGAUUAAUAAGAAGUUAAGCUUGAAAAGCCAACGGUUUAUUUGUGAUAAUACCAGGAAUAAGACCCCAUUACAAGCCAAUUUCAAAUCAAGGAACUCUUCUUUUCUGGACAAGUAUAAAGAUCUCACGAUGAGCAUAUAUGGCACUGGGAUUAAGAACAGGAGUAAGAGCAAAAGCAAAGUCUUUAGAAAGUCAGAUAAUUUUUACAAUCAUAAUACGACUAAAAACUCUAAAGCAGAAAAUAAGGUGUGAAGUUACCCUAACCGAGCCAAGAAGCUCAAAAUUGGAUCUAGGCAUAGUAACUUUAGGUGAACAAUCCUCAAUAAAAAUAAAUAGUAAAGAAGUUUCUUUAGAAAGAAAGACUGAAUGCAAGAAUAUAUCUCUGAAGAGUUUCAAGCAUCUUAAAAGCACUGUAUCUUCCAGGAACUUUGAAGACCCCUCUAAUCGAGAGAGUCUCGGAGAGGAUAAUUUCAGGAUUGUUAGGAAUUUACAGCCAAAAUAACCUAGAGGUAAUUCAUGAAACUAGGAAAAUGGUCCAUCACUCGAGUGCUGAGCUCAUGGACACAGUAUUGAAUUUGCAAGAUCAAAUCUCAAAUUUAAAACCAGUGGAAAACCAGUGCUGAACCCUGGAUAGCACCCAUAACUUUGAAAUUGGAGAAUCGAUAAGUACACUAUGUAAUAAGCUAAAUACGAAUUAUUGAGCAGUAGAGCAUUGAGAGUUAUUACCUAAUUACAAGCCAUCAAACUUUCCUCUAAAGCCAAGUAAAUAUGAAAUCAAAUGGAUCUCACCGUGCCUUAGUGUUACUAAGGCAGAUAAUUGCUUGCCAAAGCUUGAGAAAUUUCAAUUUUAAGAAUAAUUGUUGGCAUUUGAUAUUAAAAACAACCCAUUUU